AUGUCGCUUCCAGUUUCCGACCACAGGUCGACCGAACUCGAAGGCCCAAAAGAGCAGCCUAAAUCACCAAACCUUAAAUCCACAGUAAAAUCGUUCCUAUCCCACCUUACACCACUCCAUCACGCUUUUCUCUUGGUCGUAAUCUUAUCCCAAGUAAUCCUAGUUUUAUACGUUACUCGUAACCCCAAACUCUCUCCAUCCUCCGAAUCCCCUGCUCAACCAUCUCCGGAAUUCCAAGCCGUAGCCGCAGCCGCAGCCGUAGACAAAUGCGAUUCCCGUUGGAUUUACGUCUACAAUCUCCCCCCGAUGUUCAACUACGAACUCAAGAACAACGUCUGCAACCAAACGAACUACUGCGACAGAUAUUCAAACGACGACUUCGGACCAGCAGCGAAAGAGCUCGCUGGCAUCGUACCGGAGAGCAUUCUACCGGCGUGGUACUGGACCGAUGUGUACUCGGGCGACGUGUUGUACCACGGUCGGAUGCUGAACUACAAGUGCCGAACACUAGAGCCUGAGUCUGCUACGGCGUUCUACAUACCUUUUUAUGCUGGACUCGCGGUCGAGGUCGAACACCAUUGGCGUCUUGAGAUGUUUAUUAAGUCUGUCCAGGAAGACAAGUGGUGGAAGCGAUCCAACGGCUCCGAUCAUUUCAUCAUGCUUGCACGGACAACAUGGGAUUUCCGACGGUCGAGAGAGGAUGACGGUUGGGGGUCCAGCUUCCUUAGUGUUCCCGAGAUAUUAGAGCACGUCGUCCAUUUAUCCGUCGAGCGAAACAUGUGGGACGACCUAGAAGUCGCUGUACCUUACCCCACUGUAUUCCACCCCAGGUCGGAAUCUGAUAUCGUCGAGUGGCAGAGCUUCGUCCGGAGCCGGCAACGGAACCACCUCUUCACGUUCCUCGGCGGCCCUCGCGAGUUCAUCGAGAACGGUCUCCGAGGGGCUUUACAGAAGCAGUGUCUCGACGAGCCGAUCGCAUGCCGCCAAGUGGACUGCUACGGGAACAACUGCGGCAUCGACGGGACGAAGGCGAUCAUGGCGGCGUUUCUCGACUCCGAUUUCUGUCUCCAAGAGGGGGACACGGUCUCGAAACAUGCCGUUGUCGAGUGCAUGUUGGCCGGUUCGAUACCGGUUUUUUUCUCGCCAGAGACAGCUUACUGGCAGUACGAGCUGUUCAUGCCGGUUGAUCCGGAGAGUUACUCGGUUUUUAUACACCAUGACGAUGUGAGUAAUGGAACGGAUAUAAAGAGAGUGUUGGGAGGGUAUGGGAGAGAGGAAGUGGAGAGAAUGAGAGAGAAGGUAAUAGAAUAUAUGCCGAGAUUUCUGUAUGCAAAAUCGAGUCAAGGGUUGGAAGAAACAAGAGAUGCUUUUGAUAUUGCUAUUGAAGGUGUACUGAGCAAAUACAAGGCCCACAUGGAGAGGGGUAGGAUCGGGAAUUGGAAUGAAAUAUGA